AUGCCCGCCAACGACCAGAGGUCCAUCAACGUCGGCAUCCUCGGCGCCACCGGUACCGUCGGCCAGCGCUUCAUCGAGCUCCUCGCCACCCACCCCUACUUCAAGAUCCACGCCCUCGGGGCCUCUGCCCGUUCAGCAGGCCAGCCCUAUGCCAAGGUCACCAAGUGGAAGCUCGCUUCCCCUAUCCCUGAGGCCGUCAAGAACAUGACUGUCGAAGAAUGCAAGCCUGAUGCCCCUGGCUUUGCCGAGUGUGGCGUCGUUUUCAGUGGUCUCGACCAGGACGUUGCUGGUGACAUUGAAAAAGCGUUCCGAGCCGCCGAGCUCGCCGUCUAUUCCAACGCCAAAAACUACCGACGUGACCCCCUCUGCCCGCUCGUCGUCCCCCUCGUCAACCCCUCCCACUUUGACAUCAUCCCCCACCAGCGCGCCUCCCUCGGCCUCCAAAAGGGCUACAUCAUCACCAACGCCAACUGCUCCACCACCGGCCUCGUCGUCCCCCUCGCCGCCCUCGAACAGGCUUUCGGCCCCCUCGAGACUGUCCUCGUCACCACCCUCCAGGCCAUUUCCGGUUCCGGCUACCCCGGCGUGAGCAGCAUGGACAUCUUGGACAAUGUCGUCCCCCACAUUGGCGGUGAAGAGGAAAAGAUCGAGUGGGAGACUAACAAGAUCCUCGGUGGUCUUUCAGACGACAAGACGUCGUUCGACCUGCAUGCCCCCAAGCAGAUCAACGUCUCUGCGCACUGUACCCGUGUACCCGUCAUUGACGGCCACACUGCCUGCGUCUCUGUCAAGUUUGCCAGGUCGCCCGCGCCCUCUGUGGCCGAGAUUGAGGCGGCCUUCAGAGACUUUAGGUGCGAGGCCCAAGAGCUCGGGGCACCUUCCGCGCCGGCUCAGGCUAUCGUCCUCCACGAUGCCCCCGACAGGCCUCAGCCUAGAUUGGACAGGAACCUCCACAACGGUGCUUGUGUAAGCGUCGGCAGGGUCAGGGAGUGCAACGUCUUUGACGUCAAGUUUGUCUGCUUGAUCGACAAUGUCAGGUUGGGAGCUGCCACUUCCUCCGUCAUCAAUGCCGAGAUUGCUGUUGAGAAGGGUUGGAUCCAGUAG